GGUUGAAUGGACUCAGGAAGAUAGACAAAAUGUGGACCUGGUUCGUCUCUCAUCUAAGGGACGUAUUCUUUACCUGGACCCCAGAUCUGGGAGAGUGAAAACGUUUCCYCUCCAGGCUUCAGAGAGAAAAUACUCUAUCAUCAUUGAUGAGCUCCAGAACUCUGAUAUAGGUUCUUACUACUGCAAGCAGAGCGAUCAAUGCAUUGAAGUGAAGUUGUCAGGAAGUUGUAAAACUCAAGAAAUCAGAUCUCCACUUGGCUCUUCUGUGGUUUUGCCCUGCAAGUUUUCAUCAGAUGACUCCAGCUGGGUCAAUUGGACUCAGGCUAAGGAAGAUGGACAAAAUGUGGACCUAGUUCGUCUCUCAUCUCAGGGACGCAUUCUUUACCUGGACCCCAGAUCUGGGCGAGUGAAAACCUUUCCCAUCCAAGUUUCAAAGAUGAAUUACUCAAUCACCAUUGAUGAGUUCCAGAACUCUGAUAUGGGUUCUUACUACUGCGAGCAGAACAAUGAAUGCUUUGAAGUGAAGUUGUCUGAAGAAAAAGGUAAAAAAGGUAGGCUGAACUCAGAGACGUAUCUUCUGAUCUUCAUCUGUGCUGGUGCAGUUGCCUUGAUCCUCCUUAGCCUUUUUGGCUACUUCUGCUGUUUAAAAUGCAUUUGCCUUUCCAACAAAAGUAGGCCUGAUGACGUGAUCGUUACAGUCAGUGGAACUGCAGGUCCCAGUGCUCCACCACAGGAAGGCAGAAUAAACGGACUUCCAGCAGGAGUCAAUAAUCUUGACAAUAAUCUUGUUUAUGAAAAUGAUGACCAGUACUUAAACCCAUCCAGAAAUCCAAGUGACCAACCAGGAGCUGCGCAGCACCAGGAUGGGAACCAGCCUGGUCAGAGUGGGAUUGGAAUUUAUCCAAAUCUGGAUGAGUUCAGGUUUCAAAGAGAGGAAAGUCAGAGGACAAAGCAGAGAUUUCAUUUAGAGCUCUUCAGCAGGUUACGACAAGCCAGUAUAAAUCGGCAUUUUUAUGCGAACCAGAGAGAGAUCCGUAAGCAGCAAGCCAUGGCAGCACAAGCAGAGAAUAACAGAGCAGGGAUGGGCAAGAGGAAACCCAAAGACUCAUGUGAAUACAAAAACCCCAUUUACAACAGGAGCACUGACCAACUCAACCGACUGUAGACAAUUCAGGAGUCUGUUUCAUUUUUUAUACUGAUGGAUAUUUACUGAUAAUGCUGUUUUUAAGUCUAUCUGCAAUGUAUUUUCUGUAUCUUGUGUCUUUAAAGCUUUUUUAUAAUAAAACAAAUACAUAAAUCUUAAAUAAAAACUUGUUAAAAACUAUCUUUUUUAUCUCAUGAAAGAAAGGAGAGGUAAAAUAACACCUGGCUUUCAGAUUAAUGG